AUGCGUCUAGCUUUAUAUUUCAUAUUUAUCAGUUCGGUCGACACACAUGGUGUGUUCUUGAAUAACCUAUUGAAGACCCUUGAAAAAGAGCUCUCUUAUAAGACGAUUCUUCUUUUAGGAAGUUUGGGUCAAAGGAGUUCCUGCUGGAACCAUGAAGACUUUCACGAAGGGGUUCCCAUUCUAAACUUCAAUGGGAAUCGUAAUGUGUAUCUCAAGGAUGCAUUUAAUUCGAAAAUACUGGUACUUGUUUGCUUAAGAAGCAACGAAAGAGAUACAAUGAAGGCGGUCUAUGGUAACCUUCAAGAUAUGCGAGAUACUCCCACUAUAUUAUUCACAACUUCGGAUGUCCAAAUGCGAGAUAUACUCCUAGAGUGUUUCAGUGAAAAAAUGCUCAAUGUGUUGGCAUUUAUGGGAUCGAAUAGAGAGUUUAUCUACAGCUUUCAGGCAUUCCCAGAAUUUCGCGUUAUAAAGCGAAGGGAAAUGGAGAUACUUCGGUACUUUGAGCCCCAACUUGAGGAUAUGGGUGGUUAUACCUUAAGGGUUCUACCCGACAACAUAAUGCCGCGAACUGUGGUCUACAGAAGUGCCGAUGGAAACCGGCAGUUGGGCGGAUAUCUAAGUCACUUUAUACGAAACUAUGUAAACACCAUUAAUGCCAGUCUUCGCAUUUGCUGGGACCUCGUACCCGAAGAAGGUAUGCGGCAUUUGACGGAUAUUACCAAGUUGUCGGAAACGAAGGAAGUGGAUUUUCCCCUGGGUAUAAAUGGACUUGACAUUGGCUCAAAUAAACCGAAUGUUCCCAUGGAGGUUUCCAGCUGGUUCCUCAUGCUACCCAUGGAACCUCCACUUUCUCGACAUCGUGUCUUCAUUCAAUUUGGUGUCCAUAAGCUGGUACCCAUUAUGUUCUUGAUAACUUUGGUCCUAAGUAAUGCCCAUCGGUUGGAAGUGGGCUUGAGACCCAGUUGGAGAUUCUGGAUAGUAAUCGAUAAAGUCCUGCGAGGAACUCUGGCACAACCAUUUAUCCUACCCAAAAGACUCUCCCCCAAGCUGAUGCUGAUUUAUUGGGCGAUCCUGCAGCUUGGUUUCUUUGAGAGCAACUUUUAUAUGGUCAACCUGGAGACUUGGCUCGUACAUCCUCCAUCGGGUCGUCCAAUCCUCAGCUGGGAUGAAAUGCGCAGUUUGAAGUUGAAAAUCCUGGUUAUCCCCGAAGAAUUUAAAUAUAUUAACUUCAUAAUGGGCACUGAGUUUAUGGAUAGCCACAGCGAUUUAUUCCAGUUGGCGAACUCAACGGAUUUUCAAAGGAAACGCUUAGCUCUGGAUCAAUCCUAUGCCUAUCCAGUGACCCACACUUUGUGGCCCCUUUUGAAGCACGCUCAAGUGCAAUUACGUAGACCCCUAUUCCGCCGGUCCAACGAGUUGGUUAUUAGGCCGUUUAUGAUUUUGGCCAUGCCGCUGCCAAGGAACUCAAUUUUCCACAAGUCCCUUCUGCGAUACAGGGCUUUAACCCAGGACACCGGACUGUAUAAGUAUUGGUUCAGGCACAGCUUCAACGAACUAGUGGUCCUUCGAAAGAUCUCCUUCAAAGAAGGAACGGUUGAGAUCUAUUGUGAUCUCAAGUGGCAAGAUUUUUCCAUUGUAUGGCUCUCCUUUGUGGGAGGAACCAUGAUAAGUUUCCUGGUGUUUCUCUUGGAACUUGGUUACUACAGGUUGAAACCCCAUCCUAAAUGA